CUCAAGCGGAACUGUAUCAAAGGCCUUACUGAAAUCCAGAAAACAACAUCCACAGUGUUACCCUUAUCAAACCAAUCUGAUAUUGUAGCAUUGAUCCCCCCCUUCAAUCUUCCCCCAAAUCUGGGAUUUUUCCUCCAUUUUCAUCUUCCCUUGGACACAGUUUGAGGCGCAGGUUGUUUUCUGUUGAUUCUGAGGAGCAUCCCAGAUACCUCCCAUACCAGCCAUACCUAAGAGGCAUAAGGCAAGGAGUAGAGUGGAGGCCGUGAACGACAAAUCCCUUCCAGCUAUGAUGAGCCUGACCUCCUUCCUGAAGCAAGCCCGGAGGAAAUUCCGUGUGAAGAACAGACUCCUGCAGGAAUGCUUGGCGGAGUUUCUGGGUGUUUUCCUGCUGGUUUUUAUAGGAGGAGCAGCAGUAGCCCAAGUACAGACAACAGGAAAAGGCUCGUACCUAUCCAUCAACAUCGCUUAUGGAGUGGGAGUGAUGUUCGGAAUUUAUGUGUCCGGAGGUGUCUCAGGUGCUCACCUCAACCCAGCAGUCUCCAUCUCCUUCUGUGUGCUAGGAAAGCUAUCUUGGUGGAAGGUCCCAUUCUACAUUCUCUCCCAGAUCCUUGGAGGGUUUGUAGCAGCUGCUGUCAUCUUGGCCAUGUAUUAUGAUUCAAUCAUGCACUUUACUGGCGGGGAGCUGAUUGCUGACGGUGGACCCCUAGCGACUGGUGGGAUAUUUUCCACCUAUCCUGCCGAGUAUCUCACCACACGCAACGGCUUCAUUGACCAGGUUGUGGCCACUGGAAUUCUGCUGCUCGUCAUCCUGAGUUUAAACGACUCCCAGAAUAAUGAACCUCCGGAAUUUCUCAAGCCCAUCCUGAUUGGAGUGCUUGUGCUGGUGAUAGGCAUUGCAAUGGGCUCCAACUGUGGCUACCCCAUCAACCCAGCCCGAGACUUCGGUCCGCGCCUCUUCUCCUAUUUCGCUGGCUAUGGAAGUCAGGUCUUCACGGCGGGUGACAAUUGGUGGUGGGUGCCUCUUGUGGCCCCAGUUCUUGGAGGAUUAGUCGGCUGUUUCUUCUACGAGAUUCUAAUCGAGAUGCACCACCCUAACUCCAAACCCCAACCUCAAACUUCAGAAGAAUCUCCCACCCCAACCAUAACCUCAAGCAUCAGAGGAAUUGCCAACCCCAACCACCAACCUUAGAGGAAUCUCUAACUCCAAUCCUAACCUCAAGCCUCAGAGGAACCUUCAACUCCAUCUAGAAAUCUUAGAGGAAAUCUUCAAUCCCAAACCCCAACCUCAAGCGGCAGAGGAAUAUCCAACUCCAACCUCAAGCCCUAGAGCAACUUUCAACUCCAACCUCAACCUCAAGUAUCAAAGGAGUUUCCCACUCCAAACCCAACCUCAAGCCUCAGAGGAAUUUCCAACCCCAACCUCAAACGUCAGAGGAACCUUCAACUCCAACCUCAAUCUCAAGCCUUAUAGGUGGCUAUAGGGAGGGGGAAACAGACUGAACAUACUCAAAACAUGUUGAUGAUUCAUACAUCGUGAAGUCCCUGGUUUCACAAUUUUACUGAAAAUUUCAGGGAUUUCACGAAAUCUUGAACGCUCCCUAACCAAACUAUCUACCCUGCCAGCCAACCACCUCCACCUUUUGUUUAGGUGGAGCCCAUCCCCUAUUCCAAAAGGUGCCCCAUUGUUUGAGGAAACGAAAGCCUGAUUCCCUACAACAAUGCCUUAGCAAUAUGUUGGUCUGCCUAAUUACCUUCUGCCUUUCCUCACUAGCACAGGGUAUCGGUAGUAUUUCAGAAAAUACUACUUAUUUAAGUUAUUUAAUCAUUAUUGUGUUGGUUUUGCGUUGAGUUGGUAUUUCAGUUUAGGUUAAAUCAAAUGGGCUAAAAGGCUUUCCUCAUCGGAAUGUUUCUUGUGAACUUUUGAAGCCACUUAGGGAAAUGUAACAAUUUAAGUCAAGCUUGUAGAGGACAUAAGGUAACAGCUCUCGGUCCCACAUGGUGCUAAAUACUUUCACUUGUAAUGGACAGCACUUAAGGCGUUGAACAUUCCAAGGCAUUGAACAGUCGGGGAUCAGGACCCAAGUGUGGGUGGACAGGCUUGGGAUGAGGGAGGGCAGAAAUGAUAACACAUCAUAAAGAAAUAACACAUCAUAGAGUAUUGGGGAAAAAAUUAUUAAUGUUUUUCUUUAAUAAAAACAGAACGUAACACCUUUCAAAAGCUGCAAAAGUGCAGUUUCAAUACAGUUUGAGGGGAAAUAAAUAUUUUCAAAAUCAACUUUUCACAUAAAUAUGCAAAACAUUCUCAGUCAAAAGUUGAGUGCUGAUUACAUUUUGAAAUGAGAAGAAUCUUUAUAUUUUUGUCUGUUAGGCUUUGUCUAUUAUCUUUGAGGAGGUCUGAAUAAACAGAAAAUGACCUUUCAACAUCAGCUGUGCUCUCUGGUAACCAAAUGUACCUUUUUGCAAUUUGAGCAAGUUUCACAAUAAUAAUAAUAAUCCUUCUAGACUUCUCAAAGCGCUUC